AUGAACUACUCAACUAUUUUAUUGAUUGGAUUGGUUGUCUCUAUCAAUGGAGCCAUUACCUACACGAUUGGCUCUGAACUAUGUUCUUGUGAUACAUUUUCAACAAGUGCUGACUGUGGUUAGCUUGCAUCAAGUUGUGAAUGGGUAUCAAAUGAAUGCCAAGAUAUUGAUUGUACAACUAAAACUACCAUUGGAGAUUGCAAUAAAAAUGGAUGUGCAUUCACAACAGCAAGCAAAUGCGAAAAGAAAACAUUGUGUGCUAAUUACAAAUACGAUUCAACAACUGGUUGUAAUAACAUUGGAUGUGAUGCAGGCACAAAAGGAAAUGAUAAUUUGUAUCCUUGCAAAGAUUAUGCAGCUGCUACUUCUUACACCAAAGAUUGUGGAACCUACACAGGUGAAUCAGAUUGUAUAGCAGCUUAAUGCAAAUGGUCUACAAAAUGUGUCCCUAAAACUUGUGCCGAUUUAACUUAAUAGACAUGCACAAAUAUAAGAGGUGAAGUAUUCAAUACUAGAACUCUAUGUACUUGGGAUGCCACUAAGUCAGUAUGUGCAGAUGCUACAACUGGAUUGACAAAGACCUAAUGCUUAUCAUACACUUAAGGAACUUAUUCAUGGAAUGAUGACAGUUCCGUUUGUGAAGAAUGUUCAUCAAGUUAUGGAGAAUUAGUCAUUGCUUCAAUGGUUCUAAUUAACCUUUUGUUUUGAAAUUUCGAUUUAUAUAUGCAC